AAUGAAAAUGAAUGAGAAACAACCACAAAAUGGGUGGCUAUUUACUCAACAACCACAAAAGAGGUGGCUAUUUACUUUAGCGUACUUGGGUCUAAACCUCGCCAGUUGCAAAGGUUUGUCUCUUCCCAACUGCCCCAGUUAACGACACACACUGGCAUAUCUCUCUCUCUCUCUCUCUCUCUCUCUCUCUCUCUCUCUCCCCACACACUAGGAUUUGAUCAAAGAGGCGAGCCAUGGUAGGAGGCGAGAGACCAAAGUUUGUGUUGUUUGGAUCAUCCAUAGUUCAAUAUGCUUUCAACAACAAUGGCUGGGCUUCUAUUCUAGCUGACCUCUAUUCUCGCAAAGCAGAUAUAGUGUUGCGAGGAUAUGCAGGUUGGAAUUCGAGGCGUGCCCUCCAAGUUCUUGAUAAAGUUUUCCCUAAGACUGCAAGCGUACAGCCAGAUUUGGCAAUAGUGUAUUUUGGGGGCAACGAUUCAUCAAAACCGCAUCCUUCGGGCCUGGGUCCUCAUGUACCUCUUCCUGAAUACGUCGAAAACAUGAAAAAGAUUGCUCUACAUGUCAAGAGUUUGUCGGACAAGACACGAGUAAUCUUCCUUACUUCUCCUCCCGUGAAUGAGACACAAUACUGCAAUUUUUUUGGUGUUAGAUUCGGUUGGCAGAAUCGAACAAAUGAGUUGUCUGGUGUAUAUGCCAAAGCUUGUGUAGAUAUGUGCAAGGAGUUGGACAUUCAGGUUAUUGAUCUUUGGAGUGUUCUCCAGAAACAAAGUGAUUUCUUAUCUACUUGUUUUACGGACGGGAUACAUUUAUCACCUGUGGGAAGCAAGAUAGUGGCGGAUGAGAUACUUAGAGUUCUUGAGGAGACAGAUUGGGAACCAAAUUUGCAUUGGCAGUUUUUGCCUACUGAAUUUGAUGAGGAUUCCCCUUAUGAUCAUCUAGCUCCUGACGGUAAGAGCACCUUAAACGUUUCUGACUUGGACUUCUACCGCGAAAAUAAUUGGGACGAAGCAAAACAGAAGUCUGAUGAUCUGAUGGAGCAUGGUGUCUGUAAAAUUUAAGACAUCGUAGCCAUGGAGAAUUUACUGCAAUGUUUGAUUUUCUGUAUCAUGAUAACUGGCUUUAGGGUGGAUUAUCCACUAAUCAGUGCCCUUUGUAUCUGCUUUCUGUUUUACUGGCGUCUAAAUCUCUGGUGCCUAAAGUCCUGUUGCUUCAACGAUGCUUGCAUUGUGAAUUUAUGAUCUGAAGUGAGAUCAAUUUGUAAGAAUGAUGUAACAAAGAUAGUUAUAAAAACAAAAAAUUGUUUUUAUCUUUGAA